AUGAGGCUAAGAGCCUUGAUCAAAAAGAGGGCAAAUGAUCUUUUGCUUUCGCUAAGGAGAUUAAAGGCAGAGAUACACAGUGAAGAUGUCUUUGGAUUGGUUCUUGGCGAUAUCCAUAAAAGCUACAUCCGGCUGGUGGCGCUACUUGACAAGCCAAAAAUCAAACACCAGGAGCUUAGAAAGAUCGACUCCACGAAUGGAAUUGUGAAAUAUAAGUCUGGGGAGUUUGAGUUCUUACACCAUACCGAGCACGGCAUCAUAUCUGUAAGCGGGGGAGACCCAGGAGUGAACAGUUACAUCCUUUGCUCAAUAAGAAGUGAGCCUGCAGACAGGCACCUGAAAAUUGUCAACGAUAUGUUAGUGAUGUAUGUUGGAUAUGAAAAAGCCUUAUGUGACAUAUGUGGAAACUAUGCGGUGAUCCCGGGCUUCUUAACACCGACAUGUAGGACCAUCGAGGAGGACUUCAUACUUGUGCAUCACGCCCAGUGCAAAAUGGAGUAG